AUGAGUUUCAUUGCAGGAGCGGCAAGAUAUCUCGGCGAAGAAUAUGAUGUGGAUGAUUGCAUUGCUGACAUGGACAUGGACUUCCUGGAAGAUGGGCUUGAUACUGAUUGUUCCAGCAAUGAUGUUCCGGAUUCAGGUGGACACCAACCUCGGGUGUUGUUUAGACCCGAAAUAGCUGUCAUCCCUCUCCUGUCGAACUUGGGAUUAGAGCGGUGCAAGGAGUUGGGCGUCAUUGGUCUUGUCAGACAAGAGAUCACCCUGCGGGAAGGGCAGGCCAAUGACAUGCUGCAUGCAAUCAGAGUCCACCUGGCUGACAAGGCUGUCUUGUUUAGGACCACAGUCCGGCUGGCAAAGUCUCAAGCCACCGCCACCCGAGCAUGGGCCCAGGUCCACUCCAUGGAACAAGUCAUCAACCUCAAUGGCACGAUUUGCAAGAAAUGCAGGGCCCAACUGACCAAUCUUCGGGCAGACCAACUGUUGGAAAAUACCGGGAGUUGGAGAAAAAGGAUCUCAAAGCCACCUCAGCUGUAG